AUGGAUCCCAAGCUUGAAGGCCACAAGCGCAGAGACGAUCCGUCAAAAGGAACACAGUCGAGGACUUCCCCUAAGCCAGCUCCCACCAGAUUCUAUCUACCUUUGAACAUUGCUUUCUACCUAUGCUUCGCUUCUCACCUACUAGCAGCCCUCUAUGCACCCAUUCAAGACUGCGAUGAGACGUUCAAUUAUUGGGAGCCUUUGCACUACCUCACUCAUGGCUACGGCCUCCAAACCUGGGAGUACUCUCCUGAGUUCAGCAUUCGAAGCUGGGCGUAUAUUCUAAUUCAUGCUAUCCCAGCCAAGGUAGCCGGCUUCUUCGGACGAGGCAAGAUCUUCGAGUUCUACGCUCUGCGGGUCAUUCUAGCCUUCGUCUGUGCGGCAACUGAAGUCAGACUGUACUCAGCCAUAUCCCGCGUAAUCAACCCGAGAAUAGGAGUUAUCUUCCUGAUGAUAGUCGCGUUCAGCCCAGGCUUCUUCUAUGCCUCGUCUGCGUUCGUGCCUUCAAGCUUUGCUAUGUACACCUCAGCGCUUGGACUUACCUCGUUCAUGGACUGGCAAGGUGGGCCGAGAACUGCGACUGGCAUCAUGUGGUUUGGCAUUGGUGCGUUAUUAGGAUGGCCAUUUGCCGGUGCCCUGAUCCUACCAUUCGUGAUCGAGGAAUGGUUGACCACUUUGGUCGGUCAAGGAGGUGUCUUUGAGACCUUUCGGCGAUAUCUGGAUGGCACUGUUCGCUGUUUUAUUGCCCUCGCUCUCCAAGUCAGCAUCGAUGCUUUCUUCUACCACAGCCCUGUUGUCGUGCCUUGGCGCAUUGUGGCAUACAAUGUCUUUGGCGGUAAAGGCCGUGGCCCGGAUAUCUUUGGGACGGAACCCUGGGACUACUAUCUUCGCAAUCUUCUCCUCAACUUCAAUUUGUGGUUUCUUCUGGCACUGGUUGCGGGACCCCUGCACUUGGUGCAAUCUCUCAUCUUCAAGCAGAAGACAACGAAUCAACCACUCAUUAGGACGCUCACCUUUCUCUCGCCAUUUUAUCUGUGGCUCAGUAUCUUCACACUACAGCCACACAAAGAAGAGAGAUUCAUGUUCCCAGCGUACCCCUUUCUCGCUUUAAACGCAGCCGUCGCCUUCCAUUCAUUGUUGGCAUGGGUGGGAUCGCCAAGCUCAAUCAUCUUUGGAAGAAUUCCAGCCAAGAUCAAACUUGCCGCGGUCCUGUCGAUAGUAUUCCUUGCCGUCAACAUCGGUCUUCUACGCAUCGUUGGAACUGUGACGGCAUACCGCGCCCCCCUGCAGGUCUAUUAUCCCCUUCAAGAGUCCACUGCACCACAAAACGGAAGUACAGUGUGUUUCGGUAAGGAAUGGUACCGCUUUCCUUCUUCGCACUUUCUUCCCGAUCCUAUCCACGCAAAGUUCAUCAAGAGUGAAUUUGAUGGACUCCUGCCCGGGGAGUUCCAUGAAGGCAACGUUGGCUUUGGCCUAUUUCCUGGGACCUGGCUGAUGCCAUCCGGCAUGAACGAUGUCAAUGAAGAAGAUGUGGGCAAAUACAUCGACAUCCAACACUGUACCUACCUAGUCGACUCACACAUGCCAGGGAUGAAAGCAACGGAGUAUGAGCCAUUGUAUGCUUUAGAUGAAAAGUGGGAGCGCGUCGUCUGUCAAGAAUUCCUAGAUACAUCCCGCACCGGAUUAAUGGCCCGAACAAUCUGGCUACCGGACCUUCAGUUGAUUCCUGAAAGAUAUCAACGGCACUGGGGAGAGUACUGUCUUCUAAGGCGGAAAGACGACUAG